CAUGCCAUGUAAGUGUACAGUUAAUGGGCAUUUUGGUGUUAGCGGAGGAUUAAAUGAAUGUUUUCUUCUUGAGUGGCACUUAGUUGCAAGAUGAUCUACCAGACCAUGAUAAGUCGGACAUGUGACGGGCACCCAUUGACAGCCAACACUGACACAGCCCACCACCAACAAGGCUCGGAUGUAAAGGAGGGUUUAAAAAACAUGAAGUUUUUGUCACGUAUGGCUGGUCGUUUUCAAGAUAGAUGUUCCUUUUAUUUGGAUGCAGUGUGUGUACAUUUUAUUUCUGCCCUUGGUCUGACCUACCUGGUUGUAUGUGAUGCUUCGUACCCACCUGUACUAGCCUUUUCUUUCCUUGAUGAGAUACAGAGAGAAUUUCUCAAGAGCUAUGAAAAGACCAAAGUGGAUGCAGUGACCAGACCAUACAGCCUUAUAGAUUUUGAUAUGUCAAUGCAGAAAGUGAAACAGCGGUACAACAACCCUCGAUCCCUGACUACCAAGCUAAACCUAGCGGUACUAAGUGAAGAGUUGAAGUUACGUCCACCUAGUAUCAUUAGUCCAGAACAGCUUCGUCCAGAUGAGAACUCCUACAAUGUGUACAUCGACAACAAUAUUAAGUCUAACACAUUCUCUACAUCAGCAUCACGUCACAGGCAUGGAAGUUAUGUACCUAUGGGUUUAAGAACAGUGUUGGCAGUAGGACUGAGUUUGUUUUGUGCUGUACUGAAUCUAACACGAGGCCUUGCUGUAAUAAAUGAUGCUCAUAUUGAGGACUAUGACACUGACCACUAUCAGUAUGCAGCAACUUUUAUACUCAACGGCAUACUCUCAGUAUACCAGGUAUACCUCCUGUGUGUGCCGUUGAAGACCAGAAGACCACUGGCAUGUGCAACACUCUUCAGCAUUUGUCUGUGUCAACUCUACCUGUGGGAAUAUCGAAAUAAUUAUCUCAUCAUUUUUCACUUCAUUGUUGCUGUGUUUGGAACUUUCGUAAUAUUUCAACGGAAAGUGCAAGAAAAACUUCCACAGUAUAUGUUAUGAUAGUCAAUACACUGUUGUUGUAAUUGGAUAUGGGUUUUAGCCAUAAUAUAUAAGUUCAGUGUUCAUUGGUUUUUUUUUUCUUUUUGACAUAGGCCCUUGUGUUUUUUUAUCAAAAUGAUAAGAAGCAAACUGCAACAAAAUCAAUUGUUUAUUAAUGUAUAUAAUAUCAAUUUUCAUGAUUGCAGCAAAGCUCAUCUGUACACUGAGACUAAAUUAUUGAGAAUGUCAGCAUUACCUGGGAAAUGUGGUUGUUCUGCUUUAGACAUAUUCAUAUGGCCAGUAUUUCUUAUCAAGAAUGGAAUUUCAAUAUCUUAUACAGUGUUUCUCUAGACUCUGUAUGUUGUACUCUGUUUUACAUAGGAACAGACUUUUUUGUAAUUCUGUUGACACAGUUUGAAAUACCCUUUAAAUCAAUACUAGAAUGAUUUAGUAAGGUGAAUACUGUUUUCUAGUCAAUUAUAUGAUAUUAAAUUCAUAAUUACAUUUUGAUGAUAUUGUAAAAUGACCUUAUUUUGAUCAUCAGUGAAUGAGUGGUAGUUAUCUUAGUACCAUACAACCUGUUUCAUCAGGCAGGUGAGCUUAAGAGUUUGACCAAAAAAUGCCCAGUACUCAAAUAGACUCAUAAGUAAGAUGUUCUUAGGAAAAAUGUGAAUUUAGACCUUGGGACAUUUUUUAGGCUAAACAAGUUAUAAGAGAAUUUUCGGGACCAACAUUUUCGUUUCUAAUCUGAUUAACACUGAAAGAAUCUUGAUAGAGCCAUAAUUGUGUGAUUUAUCAUAGGACUAAGGAGGAUCUGGAAAGUCAUAUAAAUGUUUUUCCUUGCUUUGUGACAUCAUGGCAUUCUAAUACUGCCUAAAGACAAUGGACACAUAUGAUGAGGACAGUAAGUGGUCAAAGGAAACAUGAUUUUGUUUUACAUAUAUUUUUAGGUUAAGUAACAAAAAUCUUGAACCAAUAUCCAUUUUAUCAUUGGAUUAUCUGUGAUGAACCUUAUUUUCAAAGUCUACCUGUCAAGCCUGGCUGGGCUUUAAAUUUGUCUUCUAUGGAAACUUGCUGACAUCUGGAAACUAGAACUGGGAUUCAUAGAGAUUGAUUUGGUAGAUAUGGAAAAGGGCAAUAUUUUUCUACAAUGUGAGUUCACAUUUAGCAUUGUAUAUCAGUUGUGUUUUAUUGGCUCAUUUUGCCAACAUAUUACUGAUUGAAAUUCUGUUGAAUGGAGUGCUUUGUAAAUUGAUCUGUAGCAAUAUACAUACAGACUACCUUUAUUUGUGACUCCUGAACAAAAAGAAAUCACACAACAUGUCAGAAGAUUUGAUUCAGAGAUUGUUCAUUAAUGGUUAAAAAUGAAAUUCAUGAAGUUUUCACCAAAAAUGUAUUACAUCUUUACCAUUAUGCCCCACAGUGUCAUGACAGUGUUUUAGGACAUAUUGACAGAUGUCAGUGGUCAGUGUUUUUGGGGGUCCAUAUACUAAGGUCAUUGGUCAUUAUUGUAUGAUCUAUUAACUAAGGUCACUGGUCAGUUUAUUAUGGUCUAUCAACUCAGGUUAUUUAUCAGUGUUUUACGAUAUUUUGACUAAGGACAUUUUUUUAUUGGUGUUUUACGAUCUUUUGACUAAGGACAUAGCUCAGUGUUUUACUAAUUUUUGACUAAGGACAUUGGUAAGUGGUUUAUGAUCUUUUGACUAAGGACAUUGGUCAGUGUUUUAGAUCUUUUGACUAAGGACAUUGGUCAGUGGUUUAUGAUCUUUUGACUAAGGACAUUGGUCAGUGUUUAUGAUCUUUUGACUAAGGACAUUGGUCAGUGUUUUAGAUCUUUUGACUAAGGAUAUUGGUCAGUGUUUUACGAACUUUUGACUAAGGACAUUGGUCAGUGUUUUAACGCCCAUCGACUAGGUAUGUCCAUCACUGUUUAUAAUCUAUUGAUCAGUGUUUUAAGCCAGUAAAGUGAUUUUUUUCAUUACCAAAAUCAGAAAUAUUCCAAACCCCACUACGUCCUUCACUAGGAUAAUGGUUGUUGUGAGAAUGUUGAUUGAAUCUGCGUGUUAGUUUGUGUCAAGAAUGUGAAUUGUAAAGCAUGA